UAGAAGCAGUUUUUGUGGCUUUGUGUUUGGCGGAUGAACACAUCGCUAAUAAAUCGAAUAAGGAUGGUCUUUUCGUCGUUGACUUGUAUCCAAAAACACAAGCAAAAUGUCUGCAGAUUUGCAGUGGGCAAUCAUCAGGAACAACUCUUGUUUCCUUGUCAAGAGCAGAAAUGUGUUUAAGGGAUUUACAAAGGAACCCAACAACCUGAAAGGUAUCAACUCAUUCCGUUAUAAUGGAUUGGUUCACCAGAAAACAAUCGGUUUGGAGCCAGCAGCUGAUGGCAAGGGUGUUGUUCUGGUUACCAAGAAAAGAUCUGGUCGUUCUAAGCCCGCGCAGGCGUUCAACCGUGUCACGUUGAAGCGUGGUGGUAGACAGACCAUCACCGGCAUCAGAAAGUUCAUCGUUAAGAACAAGUACCGCAAGGACCUAAAAAAGGUGGCCGUAAGGCGAGCCAGUGCUAUCUUGAGAAGCCAGCGGCCUGUCGUUGCAAGGAAGGCACCGCGCAAGCCACCCACCAAGCAGUAGCCAUUGUAAUUAAUACACCUCAAUAAUAAUUAAAAAAAACUGCUGAAAGCU